AUGACAAACGACACCACUUUCCAUCAUUUCCAAGAAUUUCAAACUGCCGUAAUGAUAUGGCUAUAUUUCCCGCCAUUUUUGAUAAUCAUCGGCACCAUCGCCAACCUUUUAGCGAUUGUUGUGCUUCUUCGCAAGCCCAUGAGGACAUCUAACACCAUGUUCUACCUUCUUGUCCUAUCGUUUGGCGACAUAUUUGUUCUUUACACAGGCCUGCUACGUUUUUGGCUAAAGUUCGGAUUCGACCAAGAUAUAAGAUUGAUUUCAAACGCUUUCUGUAAGUUUCAUGGUUUCCUAGUAUAUGUUUCACUAGAUUUCACAGCAUGGGUAUUGGUUGCUGUCACUGUAGACCGCUGCUUUUCGAUUUGUCAUCCAUUUAAAGCUAAAGUUAUUUGUACCCGCAAAGUGGCGAAAAUAACAGUUUGUGUUAUUUUGGGUACUCUCAUAGCGAUCAACGGACAUCUAUUUUGGUCGCUUGCAAUUAAGGAUCUCGCGGAUGAAAUCCAGUGUACCGGGGUUACAUACUUUGCUAAUUCAAUAUGGCCAUGGAUUGACUUCAGUGUGUUUAGCGGCAUUCCGUUUAGUAUCAUGAUUACUAGUAAUAUCAUCAUAGUUCGGCAAUUGUGUCGUUCUUCACGGAGACUCAUGGCUCAUAAAAUGACGGACAGGACCCGUUGCAACGCCGAAAGGUCCGAUAUUGCUGUUGUUAAACCCGAUUCAAAUUCAACGUCAAAUCAACUCAGAUUAACAUCAAAUAGUUUGUCUAAAAAUGGAAGUGAACGGAAUAGAAUUCAACAGAGAACGGGGAAAAUUUCUAAUGUUACAGUUAUGUUACUGUCAAUAAAUUGCUUGUUUCUAUUGCUGACUGCUCCUAUUGUCAUAUACCUUAUAGGAUACAUACAAUGGUAUGUGAAUGUAUCCGAUCAUUCACGUGCGAAAAUGAACCUGCUAUGGUGUUUCUGUAAUAUGAUGCAAUACUUGAACAAUUCUAUUCAUUUCUUCAUAUAUUGUCUUACUGGACCAAAAUUUCGAAGAGAAUUAAAAUCUACGUUUACAAAAGGCAACAGAGUAGCUAUAACUGAGCAGAUUUCAGGAACUGAACUAUACUAA